AUGGAUACCGGUAGUAUGAUUUUAACGUGCCUCUUGCUAUUCCAAAUGGCAUGUAUCCUUAUAUUGUUAAAUCCAGUCUACGAUGUACGUAAGCUCACUCAAUAUAUUAACAAGUCCAUCAAACGAUAUAGAAGCUACUACUGCAUCUCUGUGGUAUCUUACUUCAUAUCUGUCAUCUAUUUUGGGAUGUUCAUUCCCUUGCUGCACGUACAUAGACUAAUAUUUGGACACACAAUCGACCGAUACGAGAAGAUCGUUCUUCUGAGCAGGGUCGAGAAGAAUUACAUCAUUGCUGGUUUCUCCCUUUUCCUGGUUGUGGUACUGUACGGUAUUAGAGCUCUAAUAGCAUACACGGCAAGUGUUAUUGAAAUAUCAGAUAGAAGAUACGACACUUUGAAAGAGGAGUCUAUCCAACAAUCCAGCUCGGAGGUGAAAAAGAAUCAGCUUUGCUCAAACAACUUCUUACCCAGCCUCUUACGAGUCAAGAGAUCUAUUUCAUACGAAACUAUACUAUUUACCAAAGAACUACGGGAACAAUUAAAGAAUGUCUUGAAAAACAUUGAAUACCAAUACAACAGAUCAUCGGCGCUAUCUAGUAUUUUGGAAACGUAA